AGCGAUAAGGUGUUAACGCACAUGUCAGCUACUUAUGAACGAAGAAAAAAUUGGAUGGUAACGUAUCCUGUAUUGGAGGAACCGGAAAUCGCGGAAUUGGUUAAGUCGGUGAAAUUCCUUCAGAUUGGAGGAUGGGGUAAAAAAGCAAGGUUUUUUGAAACUUUGGCAAACAAUUGUCGAAAUUUGCAAGUCUUAAAAAUUUCUAUUGUUCACGCUCCAACUGACUCACACAGAACCAGUGAAAUUACAUGCAAUAAUUUAGCAUCACUCAUCCGCAAUCAAAGACACAUUACCGAGUUUGAGUUAGCCGAUUGUCUAAGUCACAUCGAUCCUGUGAUGGAAGCAUUAAGCUAUCACAGCUCAACUCUGACCACAUUAUCUUUCCAAAAAUGUACCUUUAGUGGCUGUCGUAAAUGGGAUGGAUUCAGCAAUUGUACAGAUAUAAAGUCAUUCGCGGUCGCAGAAUGUUUCUUGGAUAACGACGACAAAACCAUAUUUGAUGCGUUUCCUUUUGUGAAAAAUGUGGAAACUAACUCGGAUGGAUUUAUAUUUAUUUCAACUUGA